AUGUCUACCGUCAACAUUGUCAAGUUCUACUUUCACGCCAGACAUAUCCCCGGGAGCGAAGCCAGAAUGCGGCAACUCAUCGCAUUGGCGUACCAGACAGCCCGUGACAAGCAGCUCUACCCGAAGGCAGUCUUCAUCAGGUAUGAUCCCAUGGGCGACCACGUCACCUUCAGCUACAAGACGCAAGACAACUUGGGCCAAGACACUCACGUCGCCUGCCAUGGCUAUGUCCACGAUCCCGAGACACUGCAAUUCAAGAAGGCGACCCAUGCAGCCGAGAAGCCCGAUUCCACCAAGAAAGGGAACAAGAAGCCCGUGUGGCCGGAUGAUGAGGACCUUUGGGAGGCACCAGAUGUAGGAUACGGACAUUUGCCUUGA